AAUAUCGGCUGAUAAAUUAGUUUUACUUUCACUUUUGAAGUACAAUCUUGAAUUUCAAGUUGAAAGCAGUCCUUGGAAUUAUAGGACUGAUUUCUGUCAGUUUGGGUCUGGUUCAGAUACACACUAUGUUGCUGAAAUGCUGAUGUGAAGUGGAGAGAAAUAUUGACAUUUUCUUUGCUCUGCUGUGACAGGUGACAGACCUGCCAGUGGCUAAUUACCCGGAAUGAUGCUCGGAAUGUUGACCUAUGUCACUGUGGAUGGUAGCUGACCUUAUUUGACCUCAGUACCGAUUAUGGAGCUGGUAUUUAAGAAUAUAAAUGUGGAGGUGGACAAAAGACUGAUUCUAAACAAUGUCAGCGGGUUGGCCAGUCCAGGAGAGUUGCUGGCCAUUAUGGGGCCUAGUGGUGCAGGAAAGUCCACCUUGUUAAACACAUUAGCCGGCCACACCCCUCUGUCCUCAGGAACCAUAACUGUGAAUGGACACCCCAUUUCCAAGGACCUGGGGAGAAAAAUCUGUUACGUCUUGCAGCAGGAUAUUUUCUUCCCAAGCCUCACACUCCGCGAGACACUGCAGUUUACAGCCAAAAUAAGACUACCAGAUAAAAUGUCCAAUGAGCAGAUCACAUCCAAAGUGGAUGAAAUUAUCAAGGAUUUAGAUUUAUCCAGAUGUGUAGAUACAAUUAUGGGUGAUGUGUGGGUGAGGGGAUUGUCUGGGGGAGAGAAGAAGAGAGCCAGCAUUGCCUGUGAGCUUGUUACUGACCCAGUCAUGAUUCUGUUGGAUGAGCCUACAUCAGGUCUGGACUACAGCACGGCCUUCAGUCUGAUUGAAAUGCUACAGUCCUACGCCAGAGACCACAAGAAAACAGUCAUCACAACCAUUCAUCAACCCUCCAGCUACAUCUUCUACCAGUUCCACAAACUAUUGCUUAUCUCUGGCGGAGAGUUGGCUUACUAUGGGGAUACAGAGAAAGUGGUCGAUUUUUUCCACAAAGCUGACAUUCCUGUGGCACCACACUAUAACCCAGCAGAUUUUAUACUGGAAAAACUUACAGAAGAUGAUAAAACAAGAUUAAAAAUCAUAAGUGCCAUGGACCAAAUAAGGAACAGUUCUGAUUGGCCAGCUAAAUUAAGGAGCAGUGGACAUAUUAUAGAUGAAAACAUAGAAUCAAGACCUACAUACUCUGAGGACAUUGUGGAACCACCUUUCAAUGAAAAAGAAAGUGUACAUGUCAGUUUAAUGGAAUUAGAUAAAACGGAGGAUAGUUCAUCCACAAACCCACUCCAUGAGAAAAAGUGGCCUACUGGCUUCAUCACACAGUACACACAACUAACAUUCAGAACAUUCAAGACGUCAAAGUCCCAGUUAUUUAACAAAUUUAAACUGAUAGAAACUCUGGUGCUGACCAUUAUUGUGAGCUUGAUUUGGUUCCAGUUACCAAGAACUGAAGAGACACUAAGAGACAGAUUGGGGGUGCUAUUUUACAUGUCCAUGCACUGGGGAUUCACUCCCCUCUUUGACACAGUUACCUCCUUUCCCUUUGAGAGAAUUGUGAUAAACAAGGAGAGACAAGCUGGUUGGUACCGACUCUCAGCGUACUAUCUGGCUAAAAUGACCAGCGAACUGGUGCUCAUAGUCAUACAGCCUUUGGUCUUCAUCACUGUUGUUUACUGGUCUGUUGGACUUAAUGGAGUUUUGUCAUACUUUGCCACACUGGGAACACUGUUUAUACAUGCUGUGACUGGUCAGAGUGUGGGGCUCUUUCUGGGAAUAGUCAGCAUGGACAUCAGGAAAGGGAUGACUCAGGCCACCAUCUUCAUCAUGGCAACAAUGUUAUUGGGUGGUUUUUACACCAGGAGCCUGCCUUUUUGGUUGGAUUGGAUCAAGUACCUGUCCUUCCUGCAGUAUACAUUUAGUGCUAUGAUGUAUCUGGAAUUUUAUGAUGGACCAAAUAUAAAUUGUGCCAUCAAGACGUCAGUAUCAGAGUCCCAGUUCAGUACUUGUCUGUUCAGUAACGCGACCUCUAUCCCGUCCAAUGAGGUGCUCCAUUUUUACGGGGUCAGUCAGCCAUACUGGACAUACAUUCUGCCAUUGUUUGCCUUUAUCUUCAUCUUCAGGAUUGGAGGGUACCUUAUGUUGAGAUUUAAACAGAAGCCAAACCAAAGGCACUGAAUGUGGGGUUUAGCUGGAAGAGUUUUAUGUGAUGAUGGUUCUGUGUACUGUAGAUUUCUCACUUUCAGCAAGUACUUGAUAUCAUGAGAUGGCCCUUAAAUGUCUAAUCUCCAAAACAAUAAUUCAUGAGUGGAUGGAUGAUCCAUAAAAUUUUAAAUGUGUUUCAGAUCCAUAAAAAUAAAUGGGAGUAACAUUAUUUUCCAAAUGGUGCUCUUACCUAAAUGAUGUGAUGAUGAAUUCACCAUUUAUGAUUAGGGAAUAUAUAGUAAGCAUGCUUGCCUUAGAUUUUAGAAAUAUGGAAUAAUUAACAUUUCAGGGAUUAUAUUUAAACAAAAAAUCAUUGAGGCAUUUUUAUGUGAAACAAACUUUGUUGAUGAUAUUGUUGUUAUUGCAUUAUGUUUAGGACAUUAAUAUUUUUAUAGUACAUUGAUUUAUGUAUUCAUUCUCAUGCCCAGUAUAAGAACGAGAUUUUAUCUUUGUGGUAAUACUCCCAGACCAUUUAAAACAUUGAAAAAUUACAAAGAUAAAAAUAUUGUACACAGAUCAUUUAAUUAGUAUUAAAUAUAUUGUAAUAUUUAUUUUAUGAACAUCUGCAAGCAUAUAAAAUACUGCAGAAUUUGUUUUCAUGUAGUAUUGAUUUAUAAAUGCUAUGUGCACGGUUAUAAAUUUUCAUAGAAAUUUGUCCCAGGUUACUUGCAUGUAAGGUGUGAUGAUGCAAUCCAACAAAUCUGUGUAAUUUUUAAUCCAUGGAUUAAACAGAAAUUAUGACCCCAUGGAAAAAGUACACCUACAGUGCUGUAUACUGAAAGCAAAUUAGAAGUGUCCUUGUUAAAGGGGGAUGCUUACUUCAUUGGUCAGUUUAUUAUUAUUUGGGGGGGGGGGUUUCAGAGGUAAAACAUUUAUUGAUGUAUUUUCUAAGGAAAAAAUGAGGCAGCCCGGUGAUUAAUUCAGUUACAGUAGAAUAAAUAUGAUAUUUGUAACAUUAUAUUAGAUGUAUAAGCAUCAGUUGGAUACAAUUAUGCACAUGAAAUAAAAA